AUGUCGUCUUAUAAGAAGCCACAGAGAUACAAGGCGGGCCCGGGGGACCCGGUUCUGCCGCCGCAGCUAAGCGAGUUCCAGGGCAAGACGACCGACGAAGUGCUGGGCGAGCUCAACCGGAUGCCCUUCUUUAUGACGAAGUUGGAACCCGGGGACGCGGCGUCCGGGGAGAAUGUGGAGCUGGAGGCGCUGAAGGCGCUGGCGUACGACGGGGAGCCGCACGAGGUGGCAGAGAAUUUCAAGAACCAGGGCAACGACCUGUACAAGGUCAAGCGCUUCCGCGAUGCGCGCGUGAUGUACAACAAGGGCAUCGAGGUAAAGUGCGAUGACGCGGGGAUCAGCGAGCUUCUGCUGCUGAACAGGGCGGCGUGCGAACUGGAGCUGAAGAACUACCGCAGGUGCAUCAACGACUGCCGGGAAGCGCUCAAGCUGAACCCGAAGAACCCCAAGGCCUUCUUCCGCAUCGGAAAGGCAUUCCUGCAGCUUGACAAGCUGGAGGAAGCUGCUGAGGCAGUUGAUUUUGGUCUGCGUGUGGACACCGAAAACGAGGCGCUGCUAUCGCUUCUGUCUGCCAUCAGCAAGAAACAAAAAGCCCGCCAUGAACACGAGCAGAAGCUCGAGUCGCGCCGGAAGGAGAUGGAGAGAUUGGCGUCAAUUCUGGAGGCUGCCAUGGCUAUCCGAAACAUACACAUGAUAGCGUCGAAACAGCGGCCGGACCUGCUAGAGGCUGCGAAGAUUAAGCUUGACAAUCCUGAAGACAUAGAGUCGCAGCUAAUCUUCCCCGCAAUGAUCAUGUAUCCUACGACGGGAGAAUUUGACUUCAUUGCCAGUGUUUCGGAACUCAGCACGCCGUCGGAACUCCUGGAGUUGGUUCUCCAGCGGCCGCGUGAAUGGUUCGAGCAGCCAGGGCACGAAGCAUUCUCCACAACGUCUUUAGUGGCAUAUAUGGAGACUGAAUCAGGCGGCCUCAUCAAAGUGGGCAAGAAAGCCAAAUUUCACGACGUUUUGAAAAUGGAAACCCCCGUUGUGCCAUUGUUUGACGACGCAUUGAGGGUUUAUUUUGUCCCCAAGGUAGAGAGCGAAGCUUGGCUGAAGAAGUGGGAUAAAGUGAAAGCCUUAGAGAAUAGAAAGACAUGCUGA